ACUGAAAACGAACGAUUCAUGGCAAAACAUUCAGUUACACCAGAGUCGAGUCAGUCGAGAAAAUACUCUUUUGGAGUACGGGCCGUUUUGAAAUUUUGUGAAUUAAAAACGCGAGAUUGCAAUGCACAGCAAUAACAACAACAGCAGCAGCAGUGGCAAUAGCAGCUGAUAUUGUUUUUUUGUUCGCAGUGUGUUCUCAUACCUAUCUACUUACCUACCUACAUAGGUAUAUUUUGUUGUGUUUUUUCCUACUUGGCGCUGAGGUGCAAUUGCAAGCAAAUGCAAAAAAAAAUCUCGAUAAAAUAGAAUAAAAAUGCAUAGAAAUUUUAUGGGAAAUUGAAAAAUAAAGGAAACGCAAAAAAUAUCCAAACAAAAUAGAAAAUUUAUUUAGUACGCCAUUCGUGCGAAUUGGUGGGUACUGGCCAUAAAUUUGUAUUGGGCCUAAAAAUUCAUAAAAACGGGUUUCGGAAGUGCGAAUUUGUUAAAUCAAUAAAACCUAAAUUAUAUUGAAAUCCACAGAGUAAAUAAUCGUGAUGGUGCGAUGAUGAUGAAAAAGUGAUAAAUCCACAAUAAUGGCAAAGUGUAAAUGGGUGUUAGUGCGUCGCCCCCUGGCUUAAAUUGCCAUUAGAAUGGGAGGAAAUUGUAUGGAAAUUUGCAUUCAAUUGUUAAAAAUACAAGAAGAAGAGGAAGAAUAAAGAGAAGGGAAAAAUUGGUGUUUCAUAUUUUGCAUUUCCCAUGCUUUCAAUAAUAAAAAAAUAAAUAAUAUUUAUUAAACAAAAAUCGUCUUCCCCUCCAGAAAGCGUGGAAAACAUAAACCAUAAAAAUAAAAAAUAAAUAAAAAAAAUUGAGAGUAAUUUGUGUGAAAAGCAUGAAUGUAUAAAUUGUGUGCGUGUGUUUGUGUAUAUACCUACAAGUGAAACAACCAGAAGAAGAAGCAGAGAAAUAAGCAAAAAUAUACCAAAAUAUGGCCAAUUGAAAUGUGUGAAAAAUCAUAAAAAAUAUUUAAAAAAAAAGAAUACAAAACCACUAUUGCUCAACGACAACAAAAAAUUAGUUCUUCCAUCACCGCUCAACAAAGAAAAAAGUAAAGAAAUAAAUAAAAUCUAAAAUCCAAAAAUAUAAAUGAAAUAAAUGUUAACAAAUAAUUCCAAAGCAAAAAAUUAUACCCCCUUAAAUGGCAAAAAAAGAGUAUUUGUUUUCUUCUAAACCAAAAUAAAAUCUCGGUGAAAGCUAAAAUUUAACAGCAAAAAAUAUUUACGAAAAAGAAAAAAAAAACAAAUCUACCUUUGUGCAACAUUUUUGUUGAUUUCUUCUUGGUGUAUUUUAUUGUGUCUCUCUCUCUCCAUAAAGCAGAGCAUAACAUAAACAACAACCCAACCCUCUCUCUCUCGUGCUCUUUCCAACACUCACACCGCUGAAAUUCGUGACUCCACCACUGAAAAGACUAAACGCAUUCAUUGGACGACAUCUAUUGACGGGAUUUUAUUUAAAUUACGAACGUUUUCAUUUGUUUGGUCUACAAAAUGGCAUCGAUAACAGAAAUGGCUGGCAUUAAAAUGCAAUAUUUGCAUACUGCAGUGAACCAAAGCAACAACAGCAACAACGCCAAUUCGAACAACAGCAACAACAAUUCCAUCAGCUGCACUUUUGCCCAAAAACACAUCAACGAUGAGACCGCCAAUGCAGAAGUCAUCAUUGCAACAAAAUGAGGCAAAUCGUUUGCAACACCAGCAUAUUGCAGCAACACACAAGCAUUUACAGCAACAACAGCAACAACUCCAACAACAACAACAGCAACUAUUACAACCUCUAGCAAAUAAUUGCAGCAGUAGCAGCACCACAACAACAGCAGCACCAACAAAUCUCCUACUGACCAACAAAUGUUCAGAGGACAACCUUAAUGACUUUGGGCAACUGCAACAACAACAGCAACAGUUACACAAUACCAACAACAUAAUUACAGCAACAUCAACCGUGACAACAACCACAUUAACGGCGGCAACAACAAUACCACCACCCCCUCCACGCAAAUCGAAAUUGGAGCAGCGCGAACUCCUUGUCGAGAAUCAUUUGAAUAACGCCUGUUUUGCUCAACCGACCGGGCCGAGCGCCACAGCCACCUCUUCAUUGCCAGUGUUCUACAACGAUUUCUAUCACCAUCAGCAACAACUGCAACAACGUCCCCUACGACCCACCACCCUGCUGUGCUCCACAAAUGACAAUUGUUCAGGUGUGAAAUUACUUGAUCUCAUAAGCACCUCACCGCCCUCGCAGGACGAGUCGGGUGGUUCGUUGUUUAGGUCGACUGCCACAAUACAACAGGCUGUGAACAAUAGUUGCCACCAGGAACAACAACAGCAGCAGCAACAACAACAACAACACCGUUAUUCCUAUGCCAGCCAGUAUUCUCGCUCAUCAUCCAGUGACGACAGCAGUAGUCUGAGCCUGAAUACGGCCUGUGCCAACCAGCCGGUCCCCAAUCGACCCUCGCGUCAUAACACCUUUGAUGAUGCUGCAGAAAAUUUCAUUAUAAAUUUUCCAGCUGACACCGUAGUCGAGACAAAGGCCAGCAACAAGCGCGAACAAACUGCCACUCAAACUCCAACGGCAGGAGCAACAACAACGACAACCAACCACAGCAGUGAAUUGUAUAACUAUUGUCUGCCCCUAUCCGAAACUGAACCGCUGCUGACGAACAUUGAGGCAACGGUUAAGGACAAGCAAAGGUCCAUUUAUUUGAACAAGAACAGUGCAUCGUUGAUUUUUACCAAAAAGGAUUUGUCGGCCACCCAGCCGGCAGCCUCCAACAACACCAGCACCACAUAUCAUCCGCCGCAGCAGCAGCAGCAGCAAAACUUUAAAUUGCAAUCAAAAAGUCACAACAACAAUAGCAAACAAUACAACUUUACAAAUAAUAGGAGGCCAUCGGCACCCACAGCCUCCUCCACGUUUAGCUCAAUCACCCAACUGCAACAACAACAUUCCACAUUGCGUUCCCUUUCCGAGGAGACGUAUCGACGCAAACCGCCCACUAAGCAUUUACCCGCAACAUAUCAUCACCAACAGCAGCAGCAGCAUCGUCGUAGUUUACAACUGAAUUACAACAAUAAUCUGGUGACUACAUCCACUUGUGCUCUCCUGGCCAAUAAUAAUCAUCAUCAGCAGCCUCAUCACUGCUGCGGAUCGUCGGCCGUAGGGGGGAAUAGCAACAGCAAUUCUGCAGUUGUUUUGCAUAAAGCGCAUCAUAAUAAUCACAAUUAUCCACAGCAACAACAGCAUCAAGCUAAAGUGCAUUCUCAUCAACCACAACAACAACAACAACUGCAACAAAAAGUAUCAAACUCAGCUUCUUCUUCUGCCUACAACAAUUCCAGUUCGUUAGCCAACAACACGGCAGCUGCAACACGCAAACAGUACGCGUACUCGUGGUACGCACCCGUUUAUAGUGCACUUGAGGAGGAACUAGAACACGAUUCUAGGGAUUCCUCGCCAAUUCACAAUCUGGCCAACACAAAGAAACAUCACCUUCAUCCAUACCAUCAACGUGCCAACGAUCUCCACUCGUCAUCCCUGACAGCGUCAGCAACAACAGCAGCGAACGCCAGCGACACGGAACGUGAAGCUCUACUCGAGACCCGUAACAACAUCAACAUUCAGGCCCAUAUCGGUGGACCGGUGGUGAAUCACCUGAAACGUGACGCCAUAACCAAACAACUGAACCCCUCGAAGUUAGCUUUGCAGCACACGAAGAGUGCUUCGGCCAAGGUUGGUCUGACGCCGAGCGUUAAGGGCAGCAUUGUUGGUCUCAACGGUGGUGGUAGCGGGGGAGAUAUUGCCUCGGUUGAGGGUUUCGGCGGUAGCAACAGCAGCUAUGAUUUGGAGGGCCCUCAUGCAGGCUCUUUGGGGCUUGCAGGGGGCCCACAGCCGAGACGGAUACGUUUUGGUAAUUUCCUCAAGUCAUUGGUGGGCCUGCGGCCAUCGGUGGGUCAGAAGUCGACGGCGGCGACGGCCAGCAAUGGAAAUGGUGAAUCGGCGGCAGGACAUAAUGGAGCCGGCGGAGGAGACUCAUCGGCCGAUGGUGUCCAAAUACCCUCUUCACCGGAAAUCACAAUCACCCGAACACCUUCCGAACAAAAUAUGGUGGUUAUGCGUGACCCAGGCGCCCGUAGCCAGGACUACAAUGUGGUCUAUAGCAGCCGGGAAAAGUUAGCCAAUUCCCAUGGCGAGCGGAUAGUGCAAACGGGUGGUAGUACCUCAUCGUUGAAUGUCAUGCAACAGAAGUUGUGGAACAUUGUGCGGCGCGAGGGUAGUGCAAUAAGUUUACAUCAGGAGAAGUCACAAUCGAUAGUUCAUUAUACGGGUCUGAGGAAGUGUGAGACGGUUAUAGCUUUAACAAGGCAGGCCAGUUCGCCAUGUUCGCCCACGGCCGCAGCCAUGGGAAUGGGCGGUGGUGGUGGUGGCCAGUCGGGAAACAGCCAAUCGCAACAACGUCUCCCACACACGGGUAGUGGCAUUUUCAGUGCCAGCGGGGUAGAACAAAUACGUCCAUUAAAUCGACUGAGGAAUAGUGUUUCCAGCAUGAACAACACCUGCUCAAGGUGUUCCAGUCUCCUCUCACUGGCCGCCUCAAGCUCAAGGUAUUCGCUGAACAGUGCCGCGGCCAAUCCCCAUCCAUAUCAUCAACAUCAGCACUACUUGCAGGCCCAUCCUCAGCAGCUGCCGUAUUCGCAGCAAACAGGGGCAGCGGCGGCGACAGCAACGACUCACUUUUCCCAAUACCAACGUAAUCCUAGUAACGUAAGCAGUAGUAACCUAAGUAGAAACUAUAGUCAGCAGCAUAGCCGCAAUGGCUCCCUGGAUGCAGUCGGUGGCGGUGCGGGUGGUGGUCUCCAUUUUGCUGUGAAACGCAAUAACCGCAACUCAACGUCGUCGAACAAUUCGAGCGGUGUGGGAUCGCAGCGUAACUCCUGCAGCAGCAGCGGCGGCGGUGGCGCUACAACCACAAGUCGAACACCUUCACUCACCUCACCCACCACCAUAACAACCAAUACCGCAACAACCGCUUCCACAAUCAAGCUAUCGCCGCCACCCACCGAACCAUCACUGCUGACACCACCAGCCACGGCCUCAUAUCUGACACUGCACUCAUCGCCAUUCUUUGCAUCGUCCACAAACAGCCGGGAGGGAGCCGAGGAGCGACAGGAGGAUAUGACAUUCUUUCCCAUGGAAAAGACCCAGCUGAAAAUGCCAAAUGUGAAACCUGAAAUGCGAGAUGCAUCUGUGAUUGAUGGUCUUCCCAGCAGCACCACCACCAUCUCCCCCCAAGAGCUUGGCUACUCCUCCACAAACGUGACUUCAUCAACAUCGGCAAAUGCCCUCUUGGCUGUGGGCGAAGAAGCGGAAGCCUCCACAACGUCGCAUCUCAUCCAACCUGACAUCAUCAACGCCACAUCGUCCGCAACAUCAUUGGCUCUGGCCAUACGUCCCUUUGAGCUGUUCACCUGUAAGCUAUGUCUUAUCGAUGUCGAGGAUGCCAGCAAUUCGACGGUGCUGCAUCAGUGUGGCUGCCAGUUUUGUACAGAGUGCAUGAAAGCAUAUGUGGAAUUUGAAAUAUCCGAAGGCGCAUAUGAGAUCUCAUGUCCCGAUGCUCAGUGUCCGGAACAGGGUGUUAUGACCCUAACCGAAAUAGCUAAACUAACAACAACCAAUCUAAUGAAAAAACAUCACAGAUAUCGCUUAAAUCGAGAAAUUGAAUUGGAUAAAACACGUACCUGGUGUCCUCGAGCUGGUUGUGAAACUGUUUGUUUAAUAGGUUCAACAUUAUCAUCAUCCACGGCACAGACAUCUGAUGUGGCGGCUGCCUCAACGUCAUCGGCAGCCUCAACGAAUGCAACGAACCAAAGUUUAAGCCCCAACAACGGCAGUGGUAAUCCUGCGGCCAAUACACCCCUACUGUGUGCCGUACAAUGUCCCUCGUGUAAGGAUGAAUUCUGUUCGGCAUGUAAGAAAACGUGGCAUCCAAAUAUCACUUGUGAGGAAUACAGCCGUCGUUUGGCCGCCGAUGGCCAGGAUGAUAUUGGCAUACCGUUCGAUAAUGACCUCAUCAAGUGUUGUCCCAUGUGCGCUGUGCCCAUUGAAAAGGAUGAAGGCUGUGCCCAAAUGAUGUGCAAACGUUGCAAACAUGUCUUCUGUUGGUAUUGUCUGGCCAGUUUGGAUGAUGACUUUCUUCUGCGCCAUUACGACAAGGGACCAUGUAAAAAUAAACUUGGACAUUCCCGUGCCUCGGUGGUAUGGCAUCGAGCUCAAGUGAUAGGCAUUUUUGCUGGCUUUGGUAUAUUAUUGUUGGUGGCCUCGCCCCUACUAUUGCUGGCAGCACCAUGUAUUAUUUGUUGCAAGUGUCGCAGUUGCAGUGGCUCCAAAAUGGAUGAAGGUGAUGUCGAUAUGGAUGAAGCUACAGCAUUACAAAGCCUCAACUAAUAAAAUAUAUACGACUGCAGUUAUUUUUCACAUAGUAUUUCAAUGUAUAAACAUUUUAGUUAUGUAUAUCCCUCUUAAAUAACAAAACAAAAAUAUAUUUUUUUAAUUUUUAAAAUUAAAAAAUAUUAUUAAGCUUAAGUAAAAUAUAUAGGCAUAACCGAACAUAAAAGCAGAACUAUAAAAUUGGAUUUUAUGUUAAAUAAAAAAAACAAAAACUAACAAAAAAUAAUGCUAGUUAAACAAAUGAAACAAAUUAAGAAUAGAAAACUUAAAUCAAAUCCAAUAAACAAACAACAAAACAAUACGAUAUUUCUUAUCUAAACACAACAACAACAAAAAGAAAACUUAGAUAUUAUAUUAUCAGUAUAACAAAAAUGAUAUAGCAACCCAAAUAAAUUUUAAAACUUAAUAGAAACGCAAAAUUACAGAAUUGUUGAAAUACAUAUUACAUAUGAACAAACAUACAAACAAAAGAAGAAAACAAAUAACAACAUAAUAAUGUACAUUAUAUAAUAAAAUUUUACUUUUUUUUUUAAUUUUAUUUGUUUCUUCAUUUUAUUAAAUAGCAAACAAUUAUUAAUUACUUCAUUCUAUUAUCAUAGAUAAUAAGUGCACGUAUAAUGUUAACUAAAAAAAAUUGUGAUAUUUACAGUGAUUCGGUUUUGAAUAAUGAAAAUUAUUUAAAUCGAUAGCUUUACACAAAUUAUAAAACUUAACUUAAACGAAAAAGAAAUACAUUAAAGGAAAAAAAAAACAAACAAUGUUUUAAAUGCUUUUUUGACUUAAUAACAAAAUAAAAAGAAACUUUAAUUGUAAUUAACAAAAUUAUAUUUCCAAUUUUUUUAAAUAUUAUUGCAUACAUAUUAUAUAAACACACACAUGUUAUUAUGUACCCAUCCAUGUAUUAAAGCAAAAUUGUAAUUAUACUACUUAGGCUAGUUAUUAUUUAAAACCAGAACAAAUUUAUAUAUUUUGUUGAGUUUCAUUAGUUAUAUAUAAACGUCACUUUAGGUUAGGCUAUACCAAACCUAAUCCAUGCAACUGUAAAAUAAUAUUAAAUUGAAAAAAAAAACGAAACACUAAAUCUAUGUAUAUUCAUGCAAUUUAAAAAAAAAAACAAAGCUUUCUUUCUGAUAUACAUAUAUAUAUUAUAAAUAAUGUAAUAGAUGUAUAGAUAACUCUAAUACGAGAUGUAUUGAAAAUAUAAAUAAAUGCAUAUAUAUGUGAAAAAAAAGUAAAAGGGAUACAUUUUUUAUGUUAAAUACCACAUGAUUGGAAUGUUGGAUGUUCAAAGAAAUAAUAGUCGAAAACUUUUCUCCUUAAACGUCGGUUUAAUUUUCCAAUGAAAUGAUAGUAUUUUGAAAAACUUUUAAAACAUGGCGUUUAAGGUAAGGGUACACAAGCAGCUUGGUAUCAUGGCUAGGCAUAUUAAUGUUAAAUUAUAAAGGGAAACGAAUUUGAGUGCGGCUCUGGCAUCCCUUUAUGAUAUGUCACAAAAUAUGCCAUGCAAAGACUUCAAGCUGUUUUUGUACUAUCACCUUAAUUGUCGUGCUUCUAAUUAUCCACUUCAUCAGAAAGUGACUUUCUCAGACGCAAUCAGCUAGGUGACCAGAAGAUAUUCUGGGACAAUCAAUCGCGAAGGUUUUCGUGGGAGUCUUGCCUUCCCCGACAUGUGUGUCCGAGUAUUGGUAUCUUGAUUUUUCCUUCCUCUUUGCAAUUGGUCGGUUACGCCCAAGGACCCAAUGCGCAACCUUUUUGGUGUACAUCACAUUGUCAUUUCCUUGGGUUCCCAGCUUACUUGGAGAUUGAAAGUCCAUUACCUCUCUCUAUAUUGAGUUGCGGCCCGAACGCCUUUCAUCCUUUUCCCGGAGACUACAUAGGUGACAUCGGCUUCAAAGAGACUUUGUUGCUAGGUCCACUGAACUAGAAGUAACCUAUCAUCGUUGAUGAAAGUGGUUACCUCUUCGAUCUUUGAUGUUUGGGAUUUUCCCAUCAGGUUUUUUGGUCGAUUGCGAUUGAGCAUCUAGGUACGUGAGGACACCUUCUUCCGGAUUUUCUUUGUAUUUUAGCUUCAACGUAAGCUUCAUGAAUUUAGCUUGAGGUUCUGUCAGCAAACCUGUGCCAGUGAGUGAUGGAUCUCUUAUAUCCGGUUUUAUCCUUUCAUUUUCGGGACUUAUUUUGUGUCGAUUAAGAUUGAGCAUUUAGGUACGUGAGGAUAACUUCUUUAGCUUCAACCUAAUCUUCAUAAAUUCAGCUUUGCUGUCAGCAAACCUGUGCCAGUGAGUGAUGGAUCUCUUAUAUCCGAUUUUAUUUUCGGGACUUAUUGCUCUGGGUGGUUGAAUCUUAGGGGAGAGAACUCUCCUGCGCCCUCCAUUACACACCAGCAUUCUGCCUCGAGUGUGGUAGCUUGUCGGAACCAGCUGAGUUUUAAUCCCUAAAUAUAUAUAAUGUGGAUGUCCAGAGUUGAGAAUUUAACUGUGGCCAGUGCGGUCAUUUUCAUUUCACUGUCGGAUAAGCAGGGAUUAUUGCCUCUGGAACACUCUCAAGGAUCACUCUUGCAGAAGUUCUGACAGAUUCUACCUCUUUCGCGGUGUGGAGCCACUCACCGCCUCACUUUUGGCAUGGUAUAACUAAUUUCGUACUUCGUAACUUGAGGAAACGUCGACAAAUAGAAUAAGGGUGAUUAUCCAAAAAAAACAUGUCGAAAUGGUGGUACUAAGGGCAGCCAUGGCAUAACGUAUCACUGUCAUGUCUGUAAGUUAACGACGAAAUCAAAGUAGUCGCUGAGACCUACCAAUGGGUUUCAAAGUUACCGAUUUUUGUCGGUAACUCAACAAAUGAGUUAGAAAAUCGCACCACAGAUGGAAUCGCAACUUGUAAGACUGGUUGCUAAAGGGACGCCACUGUAAUUAAACUCGAAGCUACCCAAUAUAUCUUUAGAGCCUUCCACUAUCCGCAACUUUUGUGCACAGUCAGUGGCAAUCAGCUUUGUUUCCCGAGAGUGGGUAAUACAUUUUAACUUAUUAAAUAUGUAAAUUGAAAAUUUCUUAUCCUGGCGAUCAUGUGAUAUUUAAUAAAAAAAUAUGAAUUUUCAAGGACUGAAUAUAAGAUUUACAUUUCAUUUGAUGGACACUAAAUGCCUAUUGAAUAUUGCUUAAAUGUAAAAAACAUAUCCGACAUCACUUAAUUUAAUAUGUGCCAAAAAUACUAUCGAAAAAAUCCAUUUUACCACCACCCCAUUUUACCAUUAUUCAAAAUAACGAAGGCUAUGUCCGCUUCUUUUUAACCGUAGCAUAGAUUGUGUAAACAAACAAAUUCCAUAAAAUAUGUAUAUACAUAUAUGAUUAUUAUAAAUGUACCUUUAUCAAAAUACAGCUGCUUAAUACAUGGAUUGGAUAAUGGAAACAUAUAACAUAGCUUGUAAUAUUGUAGUUAGCCCCAUAUCUCUUAACUCAAUCUUCUUUCCAUGUACAUUAUAUACUGUGUUUUCAAAUAUAUAUCCUACUAUACAAAUGAAUAAAUAAAUCAAAUGUUCUCAAUAAAAAUAUUUAAAUGAUUAUAAAAUACAAUGUGUAAAAUAUAGACAUUAAAAAUAAAUUAACAAAUAUAUAAAUAUGUAUAUUAUAUAAUGAUUCAAUAGUUAUUCAACAUCUUCACAUAAAUUGAAAUUGAAAAA